AUGAGGUCUGGACCCCCGAGGUCUGGACCCCCCGAGGUCUGGACCCCCCGAGGUCUGGACCCCCGAGGUCUGGACCCUGGUGAAUCUGUGGUUGUGUGUGGUUCAGUCUGUGGUUGUGUGUGGUUCAGUCUGUGGUUGUGUGUGGUUCAGUCUGUGGUUGUGUGUGGUUCAGUCUGUGGUUGUGUGUGGUUCAGUCUGUGGUUGUGUGGUUCAGUCUGUGGUUGUGUGUGGUUCAGUCUGUGGUUGUGUGUGGUUCAGUCUGUGGUUGUGUGUGGUUCAGUCUGUGGUUGUGUGUGGUUCAGUCUGUGGUUGUGUGUGGUUCAGUCUGUGGUUGUGUGGUUCAGUCUGUGGUUGUGUGGUUCAGUCUGUUGUUGUGUGUGGUUCAGUCUGUGGUUCAGUCUGUGGUUCAGUCUGUGGUUGUGUGUGGUUCAGUCUGUGGUUGUGUGGUUCAGUCUGUGGUUGUGUGUGGUUCAGUCUGUGGUUGUGUGUGGUUCAGUCUGUGGUUGUGUGGUUCAGUCUGUGGUUGUGUGUGCUUCAGUCUGUGGUUGUGUGGUUCAGUCUGUUGUUGUGUGUGGUUCAGUCUGUGGUUGUGUGUGGUUCAGUCUGUGGUUGUGUGGUUCAGUCUGUGGUUGUGUGGUUCAGUCUGUGGUUGUGUGGUUCAGUUUGUGGUUGUGUAUGGUUCAGUCUGUGGUUGUGUGUGGUUCAGUCUGUGGUUGUGUGGUUCAGUUUGUGGUUGUGUGUGGUUCAGUCUGUGGUUGUGUGUGGUUCAGUCUGUGGUUGUGUGUGGUUCAGUCUGGUUGUUGUGUGCUUCAGUCUGUGGUUGUGUGUGCUUCAGUCUGUGGUUGUGUGUGCUUCAGUCUGUGGUUGUGUGUAGUUCAGUCUUUGGUUGUGUGUGGUUCAGUCUGUGGUUGUGUGUGGUUCAGUCUGUGGUUGUGUGUGGUUCAGUCUGUGGUUGUGUGUGGUUCAGUCUGUGGUUGUGUGUGGUUCAGUCUGUGGUUGUGUGUGGUUCAGUCUGUGGUUGUGUAUGGUUCAGUCUGUGGUUGUGUGUGCUUUCAGUCUGUGGUUGCGUGUGCUUCAGUCUGUGGUUGUGUGUGGUUCAGUCUGGUUGUGUGUGCUUCAGUCUGUGGUUGUGUGUGCUUCAGUCUGUGGUUGUGUGUGGUUCAGUCUGUGGUUGUGUGUGGUUCAGUCUGUGGUUGUGUGUGGUUCAGUCUGUGGUUGUGUGUGGUUCAGUCUGUGGUUGUGUGGUUCAGUCUGUUGUUGUGUGUGGUUCAGUCUGUGGUUGUGUGUGGUUCAGUCUGUGGUUGUGUGUGGUUCAGUCUGUGGUUGUGUGUGGUUCAGUCUGUGGUUGUGUGUGGUUCAGUCUGUGGUUGUGUGUGGUUCAGUCUGUGGUUGUGUGGUUCAGUCUGUUGUUGUGUGUGGUUCAGUCUGUGGUUCAGUCUGUGGUUCAGUCUGUGGUUGUGUGUGGUUCAGUCUGUGGUUGUGUGGUUCAGUCUGUGGUUGUGUGUGGUUCAGUCUGUGGUUGUGUGUGGUUCAGUCUGUGGUUGUGUGGUUCAGUCUGUGGUUGUGUGUGCUUCAGUCUGUGGUUGUGUGGUUCAGUCUGUUGUUGUGUGUGGUUCAGUCUGUGGUUCAGUCUGUGGUUGUGUGUGGUUCAGUCUGUGGUUGUGUGGUUCAGUCUGUGGUUGUGUGGUUCAGUCUGUGGUUGUGUGUGGUUCAGUCUGUGGUUGUGUAUGGUUCAGUCUGUGGUUGUGUGUGGUUCAGUCUGUGGUUGUGUGGUUCAGUUUGUGGUUGUGUGUGGUUCAGUCUGUGGUUGUGUGUGGUUCAGUCUGUGGUUGUGUGUGGUUCAGUCUGGUUGUGUGUGCUUCAGUCUGUGGUUGUGUGUGCUUCAGUCUGUGGUUGUGUGUGCUUCAGUCUGUGGUUGUGUGUAGUUCAGUCUUUGGUUGUGUGUGGUUCAGUCUGUGGUUGUGUGUGGUUCAGUCUGUGGUUGUGUGUGGUUCAGUCUGUGGUUGUGUGUGGUUCAGUCUGUGGUUGUGUGUGGUUCAGUCUGUGGUUGUGUAUGGUUCAGUCUGUGGUUGUGUGUGCUUCAGUCUGUGGUUGCGUGUGCUUCAGUCUGUGGUUGUGUGUGCUUCAGUCUGUGGUUGUGUGUGGUUCAGUCUGGUUGUGUGUGCUUCAGUCUGUGGUUGUGUGUGCUUCAGUCUGUGGUUGUGUGUGGUUCAGUCUGUGGUUGUGUGUGGUUCAGUCUGUGGUUGUGUGUGGUUCAGUCUGUGGUUGUGUGGUUCAGUCUGUUGUUGUGUGUGGUUCAGUCUGUGGUUCAGUCUGUGGUUGUGUGUGGUUCAGUCUGUGGUUGUGUGGUUCAGUCUGUGGUUGUGUGUGCUUCAGUCUGUGGUUGUGUGGUUCAGUCUGUUGUUGUGUGUGGUUCAGUCUGUGGUUCAGUCUGUGGUUGUGUGGUUCAGUCUGUGGUUGUGUGGUUCAGUCUGUGGUUGUGUGUGGUUCAGUCUGUGGUUGUGUGUGGUUCAGUCUGGUUGUGUGUGCUUCAGUCUGUGGUUGUGUGUGCUUCAGUCUGUGGUUGUGUGUGCUUCAGUCUGUGGUUGUGUGUGGUUCAGUCUGGUUGUGUGUGCUUCAGUCUGUGGUUGUGUGUGCUUCAGUCUGUGGUUGUGUGUGCUUCAGUCUGUGGUUGUGUGUGGUUCAGUCUGUGGUUGUGUGUGGUUCAGUCUGUGGUUGUGUGUGCUUCAGUCUGUGGUUGUGUGUAGUUCAGUCUGUGGUUGUGUGUGGUUCAGUCUGUGGUUGUGUGGUUCAGUCUGUGGUUGUGUGUGCUUCAGUCUGUGGUUGUGUGUGGUUCAGUCUGUGGUUGUGUGUGGUUCAGUCUGUGGUUGUGUGUGGUUCAGUCUGGUUGUGUGUGGUUCAGUCUGGUUGUGUGUGCUUCAGUCUGUGGUUGUGUGUGCUUCAGUCUGUGGUUGUGUGUGCUUCAGUCUGUGGUUGUGUGUGGUUCAGUCUGGUUGUGUGUGGUUCAGUCUGUGGUUGUGUGUGUCUGUGGUUGUGUGGUUCAGUCUGUGGUUGUGUGUGGUUCAGUUUGUGGUUGUGUGUGCUUCAGUCUGUGGUUGUGUGUGCUUCAGUCUGUGGUUGUGUGUGCUUCAGUCUGUGGUUGUGUGUGGUUCAGUCUGGUUGUGUGUGGUUCAGUCUGUGGUUGUGUGUGGUUCAGUCUGUGGUUGUGUGUGCUUCAGUCUGUGGUUGUGUGUGGUUCAGUCUGUGGUUGUGUGGUUCAGUCUGUUGUUGUGUGUGGUUCAGUCUGUGGUUCAGUCUGUGGUUGUGUGUGGUUCAGUCUGUGGUUGUGUGGUUCAGUCUGUGGUUGUGUGUGGUUCAGUCUGUGGUUGUGUGUGGUUCAGUCUGUGGUUGUGUGUGGUUCAGUCUGUGGUUGUGUGUGGUUCAGUCUGUGGUUGUGUGUGGUUCAGUCUGUGGUUGUGUGUGGUUCAGUCUGUGGUUGUGUGUGGUUCAGUCUGUGGUUGUGUGUGGUUCAGUCUGUGGUUGUGUGUGGUUCAGUCUGGUUGUGUGUGGUUCAGUCUGUGGUUGUGUGUGCUUCAGUCUGUGGUUGUGUGGUUCAGUCUGUGGUUGUGUGUGGUUCAGUCUGUGGUUGUGUGUGGUUCAGUCUGUGGUUGUGUGGUUCAGUCUGUGGUUGUGUGUGGUUCAGUCUGUGGUUGUGUGUGGUUCAGUCUGUGGUUGUGUGUGCUUCAGUCUGUGGUUGUGUGGUUCAGUCUGUGGUUGUGUGUGGUUCAGUCUGUGGUUGUGUGUGGUUCAGUCUGUGGUUGUGUGUGGUUCAGUCUGCGGUUGUGUGUGGUUCAGUCUGUGGUUGUGUGUGGUUCAGUCUGUGGUUGUGUGUGGUUCAGUCUGUGGUUGUGUGUGGUUCAGUCUGUGGUUGGUUGA